AUGGUGAAACCACUCUCAUUCAAAGGCGACAAGAAGACGAAAAAGAGGAAGCGCGUCGACGUUGCAGAAAAGUUUGGCGACGGCGAGGAUCUACCUUCGGCCAAGCAACCUACCGCUUCGAAGCCCGAGCUGGACGCCCCUGUGGACGACGAUAGCUGGGUGACGGCAGAGGCUACUGGAGAUGUUGUAGGGCCGAUCGUUCUGGUUCUGCCGUCAGAGCCGCCGAGUUGCGUGGCGUGCGAUACAAAUGGCAAGGUCUUUGCAAGCGCGCUGGAGAAUAUCAUCAACGACGACCCUUCCACCGCAGAACCCCACGACGUACGGCAAGUUUGGGUCGCGAAUCGAGUAGCAGGCACAGAGUCGUUUACAUUCAAGGGCCACCAUGGAAGGCAGGUCAAAGAGUACUUGAGUUGCGACAAAUACGGCAUGCUGUCUGCGAAUACAGAAGCGGUAUCACCGCUCGAAUCAUUCCUCGCCAUACCUACCGUCGACACACCAGGCACAUUUCAGAUCCAAACACUACGCGAGACAUUCUUGACCAUCAAGCCAUCUACAUCUUCGAAAUCGAGCGCGCUCCCUGAGGUACGAGGUGACGCAGAAGCUAUUACAUUCAACACGACGCUCCGCAUUCGGAUGCAGGCACGUUUCAAGCCGAAACUGAAGGCGUCAAAAGAGGAGAGGGCUAGGGAGAAAAUCAGUAGGAAGGAGCUUGAGGAGGCUGUUGGCAGGAGGCUAGAGGACGACGAGGUUAAGAAGUUGAAGAAGGCUCGGAGGGAGGGAAAUUAUCACGAGGCUUUGCUGCUCAUCAAGGUCAAGAACAAGCAUGAUAAGUAUAGUUGA